UGAGGUUUGCUACUACAGUGUGGUCUGGGAGUUAAUUUUCAAUACGGCUAUUGUUUCUGAAUGGAUAGAACUUCUACAUGACAGUUCACUGAAAUGAGAUGCAAAGUCUUCAUAUUUUUAGAUAAACACGUUUUAGGGCAUACCAUCUGAAUCUCUUCGAUUGAUCGGAGCUACAGUGUUAGACCACGGUGUAACUACGUUAGUUACGUAUCAGCAUAGUAUUGCUGCCAUCCUGUGUGACAGUGUAAAAGAUCUGCAAAUUAUUGACAAGACAUGACAGAAGGUACCAACAUGACAGACAAUGAAUCUGAAACAAAAACAGUCGCCGCCGAACCUGCGGAGGAGACGCCAAUUUUGAAGGUAGAGGAAAAACACCCGGACGAAGAUGAGAAGGAGAACGGGGGUAGUAAAGGAAACAUCCAAGAGCAGGUUCCCGUGGCUGUGGACGAGUCCGACUUCGUGCACCCAGAAGGAGGAUGGGGGUGGGUGGUAAUGCUGGCUGCCAUGUGGUGUAAUGGAGCAGUAUUUGGAAUCCAGAAUGCCUUUGGCAUCCUGUUCCUGCAUCUCCUGAAUGAAUUCGGCUCACCAGACGAUGAAGACCUUAAGUUCAAAACUGCGUUGGUGGGCUCCCUGUCCAUGGGGAUGAUUUUCUUCUGUUCCCCCAUCGUCAGUGUCUUCACAGACAUACUGGGUUGCCGGGUGACAGCUGUGGGCGGAGCGGCGUUGGGCCUGGUGGGACUGCUGGCGAGCUCCUUUGUCACUUCCCUGGGUCCCAUGUACUUCACCUACGGCAUCAUGUUCUCCGUGGGCUGCUCCUUCGCUUACCAGCCCAGCCUGGUGAUCCUCGGACACUACUUCAAGAAGCGCCUGGGCCUGGUCAACGGCAUUGUGACGGCCGGUAGCUCCGCCUUCACCAUCACCCUGCCCUUCGUGCUGUCGUUCCUGCUGAAACGGGUGGGCCUGCAUCACACCAUGAGGGUCCUGGGCAUCAUCAUGUUUGUCCUGAUGAUUGCCGGGCUCACCUACAUCCCCCUGCUGCCCAAGCCGGCCAACAGCAACCAGCCGGGCCGCCGCUGUCCGCCCAUGAAACAGGUGUUUAACGUCAACAUCUGGAAGUCACUGGGCUACCGAAUCUGGGCGUUCGGCAUCCCGGCAGCCCUCUACGGAUACUUUGUGCCUUACGUUCACCUGAUGAAGCAUGUGGAGGAGCGCUUCGGAAAAGACUCCAACAAGGAGGUUCUACUCAUGUGCAUUGGCGUGACGUCCGGCGUGGGGCGUCUCAUCUUCGGCCGCGUGGCUGACUACGUACAGGGAGUCAAAAAAGUCUACCUACAGGUGUCCUCGUUCGUGGUCAUCGGCCUGAUGUCCAUGAUGAUCCCUCUGUGUAACGUGUUCGGCGGUCUCAUCGCUGUGUGCCUGCUCAUGGGCCUGUUUGACGGCUGCUUCAUCUGCAUCAUGGCCCCCAUCGCUUUCGAGCUGGUGGGCUCUCAGAACGUGUCCCAGGCCAUCGGCUUCCUGCUGGGCAUGAUGUCUGUGCCCAUGACAGUGGGUCCUCCCAUUGCAGGGUUCCUGAGAGACAGGCUGGGGAGCUACGAUGUGGCCUUCUACUUGGCCGGUAUCCCUCCCAUAAUCGGCGGGGCCGUGCUGUGCCUGAUCCCCUGGGUGGAGGCCAGACGUGUCCAGAGGGAGGAGAAGGAGGCGGCCAUGCAGCAGAUGCCGGAGCUCGACACUCGGGGAGGCGCAGGACGGGUGAAGACAGCGGACCCCGACUCAGUCAUCUAAGUAUUCUAAAAAAUAAAGUGAAACCCCUAGACAGACAGACACGCAGACAGACAGACACGCAGACAGACAGACACGCAGACAGACAUACACGCAGACAGACAUA